AUGAACGGGUAUCCCGGGGGAGGCGCUCCCUACGACUACGGGGCCUCGGCCCUGUCGCCGCCGACGACGAGCCCCAAGAGCAAGAUCUCGCCAGACGGAUACAGAAGAGAUGCCCCUAAUAUCUUUGAUCGCGAUGCCCCGCGAUUCAACUUGGGCAACGGCAAUGCGACGACGAAAUCGGGUGUCGUGGACCUCAAGGACCCCAUUCAGAUUCACCUGCUCACCGAGACGGCACUAUCAGACAGCAAGGGCUACGAGAUAUUGACGCAGGAAGAGGUGGAUGAGCUGAAGAAGCAGUCGCAGCUCCUCGCACAACGCGUCGAAUCCACCAGGACGAAUCUCGCGAUCCAGUCAAAGUAUCGAGAUGCGGCCGUCUCCAUGGCGAAACUGUACCGCCCCGGCGGCGCCAACGCGUCUGCGCCCGACGACCGAAACGCAGUGGAGGCCGAACGGGAGAGGGAGUCGUGCGAGCAAAAGUGCGAGGAGUUGGCCGCGGAGCUCUUCAACCUGGAGAAGCGUCUCAUGGUUCCUCAACGCCGAUUGCUCGAGCAUACUGCCGGCAUCCUGCAGCUCACCCACAAAGCGUCCAAGAGGAGGGCGCCGCUGCAAAAUGGUCAACCCCCGAACGGCAUCCCAGGGAGCCCCGAGAGCCUAUACACCUACUCCCACAGCAGAAAUAGCCUGGAUCAGAACGGCGAAGAGCAACACCUUGACGAUCCGAGCUUGUAUCAGCUGGAGUCGCUCGAGGGCGUAAACGGGCGGGCAGUUAGGAAGAACGCCAUCGAGAUUCCCAUGAAGUCACCCAUUCGCGAACAGAACCAGAUGGACCGGUUCCGAGAGGAAAACAUGCAGCUGCGUGGCCAGACGGACAUGCUCAUCAAGAAGCUCCAGAGCCUGAAUUUGUCGCUGCGGGAAACCAUUGUCAGGUUCAACCCCGAAGUCAACAGGGCCUACCAAGAGCCACCGGGAGACAUUGUCUCGCAGGACGCGAGGCCUGCUGAGCUCAUCAAGAGCCAGAUCGAUUACCUCGAAAGCGGUCUCGUCGCCGUACAAGCCGAGCAGGAUUCAUUCGCCGGAGGCAAGGAGAUGGGCGAACGGAUCGAGUCGUUGAACCUUCAAGUUCGGGAUCUGCUCAUGUCCUCCGACCCUCACUAUACGCCCACCCCUAUUCCCGCAGAGUCCGACGUGCAAGGCGGCCUCUCCUACCUCGAAGACUCUCUUCGCCUCGCUGAUUCGCAGCUGGGUCGGGCAUUGUCAAAGGGUCACGACAGCGAUUCCGGCCCCGUGCUUAAUGAUCUGUGGGACGGCAUUCAGAGAGGGUUCAUCGAAGCAAAGAAACGCAAGGAAGAUCGCAAGAGAUCCCGAAUGGACAAGGGUCUGCCUGACGAAGACGACAUGUCAGAAGAUGAGGCAUUUGACACGAAUGAGCCAUACUCUCUGAAUUCAUUCGCGACUAGGGUUCAGUGGCUACACUCUCAGGCCUCAACACUGAAGGAUCAGAAAUACGUGCUGAAGAGACAGAUCAAGCAGCAGCGCGAGCUGAACAACAAGUCUGACGCCGAGAAGGAUGAGGAGCUCAGCCGAAGGCAGGAGGAGCUCGAACAAAGCCGUGAGCUUUUGUCGAGGGCCGAAAAGGACGCCAUGGACGCGCAGAGGAUGCUCUCAGACGCGCUCCAGGAUCUGGAAAAGGAGAGGGGCUCAGCAGGCGCAGCCGAGGCCGCCGAAGCCGCCAUCCAGGAUCGCAACGCCAAGAUUGACGCUCUAGAGACAAAGCUGAAGGAUGCGCAGAGCAAGCUUGCUGCCGCCGAGGCGAACGACCAGGGAUCCGGGCAGAAAUUGAGCAGCUUCGAGGCCCAGAUUGCGACGCUCACACAAGAAAAGACCGCCGCGGAGGACAAUGCUCAGAAGCUGCAACAGCAGCUCAACGAAAAGACGGCCACCAUGACGGCAAACGCCAAGGCCAUCAAAACGAAGGAGGACGAGCUGGAGCUGCUCAACAUGACGCUCGCUGAGCUCAAGACGGAGCUGACCAUUGCUCGGGCGGAACUGGACGGCGCGUAUGGCUCCCGUGCAGAACGCGCGGCAGAAGUCGCGGCCAUCAAGACCAGCGCCGAGGUGGUUAAGCUCCAGAACCAGGUCGACCGACUCAAGAAGGAGCUCGGCGAGACGGUCCAGGAAUUGGAGGCCAUCACCAAGGAGACGAUCGGCUCAGAGCGUGAGAAGCUGGAGCUGGAGGCCAAGUUGGACGAGGCCCUCUCCGCCAAGGCAUCAUUCGAGGCCGAGACGCAAAAGACGAGAGAGAGGAUGGCCAAGCUCCAAGAAGACCUGGAUGGUGAGAGGCUGAAGGCGUCUGCGGGCGGUGGCAAGCCCGGAGCUGGUGCGUCUAUGCUGAGCGAGCAAUUCCGGGCGACGAUGCGGGAGGAGCGCAAGAAGUUCCAAGAGGACAUCAAGGAGGAGCGUGCAAGGUGUCGCAGGCUCGAGGAAGAGCUGGGCCGGCUCAAAAGGAGCCAAGGGCCAGGCAAAAGCCCGCUCAGCCCCCGGCAAUAA